UUAAAAUCUAGGUACUCCUCUUCACAGCCACACACUGAUAGAAAGCAGGAGUGGGCUUCAGACAGUAUGAAGAGGGGGUGAAGGCAGUGGAGUAAGAAGCUUGGGGGAAAUAAGAGGUCCUACCUGCGUGUUCACCUACUUCUGGCUGCUGCACCCCCUUCAACUAGCUGAGGCUCUCAUAAAAAGACAUAUUUUAAGGGCUGACUCUCCUGGAAAGAAGAGAUUUAAAAACUUUUGCUUUCUUUCUGUUUGCGAUAUCCAUACUCAGAAGAAGAAAAAAAAAAGGAUUACAGUUCAUACGCCUGUCCACUUGUUGCAAUCUCUCUGAAGAUUGUCUUUUCACUGGGUUACUUUGGAGACUUCUGGAUACAUCCUUCUUAAAUAGCAGGUCUGAACUCCAAAAAGGAUGGCAUAUGGACAAAAGAUCCUGAGGUUGGCAUUAACCCAGGGUUUAUUCAGCCUGGCACCGAGCCUGUUGCUCUUCUCCCUCCUCCCUAACAUUGUAACCGCAGAUGAGUAUGACUACUACAGCUGGCAGUCAGAUAACUUCCACAACGGCCGCUUCUACACGAAGCAGCCACAGUGUGUGGACAUACCAGCUGACCUGCGCCUUUGUCACAAUGUGGGGUACAAGAAGAUGAGGUUGCCCAACCUCCUGGAUCACGAAACCAUGCCAGAAGUCAAGCAGCAGGCAGGCAGCUGGGUGCCCCUCCUGGCCAAAAGGUGCCAUGCUGACACCCAGGUCUUUCUGUGCUCGUUGUUUGCGCCCGUAUGUCUAGACAGGCCCAUCUACCCAUGCCGCUCAUUGUGCGAGGCUGUCAGGGACAGCUGCGCUCCAGUGAUGGAGACCUACGGCUUCCCCUGGCCAGAGAUGCUGUCCUGCGACAAAUUCCCCAUUGAUAACGACCUGUGCAUCCCCAUGCAGUUUGCCGGGAACCACGCCACGCAACCUCCAGUGUCGAAGGUGUGCCCUCCAUGUGACAACGAGCUGAAAACAGACAACAUCAUGGAGCAUUACUGUGCAAGUGACUUUGUCCUGAAGAUGAAAAUCAAGGAGGUGAAAAAGGAAAAAGGUGACCGAAAACUAAUUGCAGCACAGAAGAAGAAGAAGGUUUUGAAGCAGGGUGUGCUGAGGAAGAAGGACCUGAAGAAGCUGACCUUGUACAUAAAGAAUGGAGCAAACUGCCCAUGCUCACAGCUGGAGAACCUGGGCUCCAACUUCCUCAUCAUGGGCCGCAAAGUAGACCAGCAGCUGCUGCUCAUGUCCAUUCACAAGUGGGACAAGAAGAGCAAGGAGCUCAAGUUCGCCAUCAAGUACAUGAAAUCCCAUCAGUGCCCUUCUUACCACACUGUCUUCCAGUGACACUGCUCAAAGAAUGUUCUGCAGAAUUUCCAGUUUCACUCGUAUCUCACCCUGUUUAACAAUAAAUUGAAUCAUGCUUCAAUAACUUAAGUCCUGUAUAGUGCUAACUGCAUAUGAAGAGUCGGUUACGGUCCUCAAACAUAAACCCCAUCAAAAAAGAUAAAUCAGAUUGCUAAGGGCUUCAUUCUCACUGAUUUAGCUGCAGCUCUCUCAGUGAGGAAGCUAUUUCAUUUUCAGCUUAGCAACACAAAUUGUUCAAAACCAAAUCAAGAUGAGAAGUGAAAUUUUCAGCGGUGGCAUGAUUGUUGAAAUGUUGAAUGAAAUUUCAGGGGAAGUAAGGAUUUAUUUGUGUGUAAAACAAAACGGACCAGACAAAAAUGCUCUUGUACAUGUUGGUUGUGAAACCCUCAACUACACACAGCUCCUUCAAAGCAGAGCAAAAAUAGAUGAUCCACUUAACUCCAUCUUAUAAUCAUGUACAAAAGUAGAUUAUCAUGAAUAAUAGAGAAUUAGAAAACUGUUUUGUAUUUUUUCUUCUUUUCUUAUCUGUGAUUGGAAAGACAGUCGAUGGAACAAGGAAGGCAUGUGGACUGGACAAUCCUUCUACCGACUUAACAGCACCAUUAUGGUGGUUUAAAACAUGGAAACAUGGUUGUUUUUUCUUUUUUACUUCUGAAAUUUUUGAAGAAGGAAAGUAAGUUCCUACAAACAACUGGGGAGUACAACAGAAAUGAACAGAGACUGAGAGACUCAUAAAGGAAAAAACAUUGGAUCUUCCAUACAGAUGCUUCUGAUACUAUUUUUUUAAUAUUCAGCAUUAUAAUAUUUCAACUUUUGUACUUAAAAAUAAAAAAAUCACAUCACUUUUACUGUUAUUGUAUCAAAGAAUAAAUCAUAAUGCAAACAUAGCACCUACGUAUACUUGCUGUAGUAAUGAUUUAAUUUCACCAAUAAUGUCUAAGCUAUUUUUCUGUAAGUAGUUAUUUUACUGAAAUAGAUAUUGGUUUUUGAAAAAGGUAAAUGAAUACAAUCUAUUUGAAUUUUUUAUAAAUAAUAUGACCCCUGUGAGAGAUUUGUUUUACAUUAUUGUUUACCCCAAAGUGUACUCUUGAUGCCUGAAGAGAAAAGUAUCACAAUCUUACAUCUAAAAUAUGUUUUUCCUUCAAUUCCACUAGGUGCAAAAUAUUAUUUUGUUUUAAUUGUGGCAAGCGGAGUAGUCUCAGCAGUAUCAUAUUAAAGCAUCUUACACAAUAUUGAGUUUUGUAGUUAUAAUAUGCACUUUUUUUAUUAGACAAGCUAGGUUUUCUUGCCAGGCAGAUUAAGAUUAAGACACAGGACCUCAUUAAUACUCUUUAUCAGCAGAGGGAGGCACAAAGUACUGUACUCAAAACUUUCCUUGUAGAUUGCUGACUUUGGACUUCUUAAAACACGAUGGGCAAACACCAGCAAAUGACAUGGCACCCUAAGUCAUCUCUGACUUUGGCAGCUUUACAUUAUUAUUACUUUACUUUACAUUAUCCGUAUGGUUGGAUGCAGCACUCUGUCUUUAGCCAAGACGUUUUGUGGCUUACUCUCCUUGUAUAGAGUGCGAGUGUCUGUUUUCUGGACAAUUGUCAAAUCAGCAGUCUUUCACAUGAUCAUAGGGCAAUACAAAACAGUAACAUUACAUUUCUGUAUUUAUGUAAUUAUUUUUGUUGGUAAUCUGCAGUAUUCUAACUUUUGGCAACCCUAGCUUUUGGACUUUUUCUUUUUUAGCUGUGAGUCAUUGUCAUCAAAAUGAACAGAAAUAAAUGCUUUAAAUAUAUCUCCCCUGUGUAAUAAAGGUAUACAUCACAUGA